AUGAAAGACGAACGUUCUCGGUGUUCUGCCUCUGCAGCGAUCGACAAUCUCAACCGAUCGCCUCGCCUCACUUUGUCGGCUACCUCACCUUGCCAGCAACCUCACCUUGCCGGCAACCUCAGGUCUAGUGAUCUCAUGCUCGCUUCUCUUUGUCGGCGACCUAAGUCCCGUUACAUUGAUCCAUCCUCCCAAACUUUGGAAGAACUAGCACUUUUCUCCGGACCACACAAAAUCCUCCCAAAAAUCGGACUAGCACAUCCAACAAAUUGA